UCCAGCUACAUGACACGGAGCUGUGAAAGUAAAUCACUUCGCUGGGAACAAGGGGAAGUCCAGCAUAUUGUUUUGCAGACUUUGCCUACAGCUUCUUUGCAGUAUAAGCGUAGAAUAUAUACACCCGGGAAAGCAAUUAGAGAGAGAUGGACUUCCAGCGCAGAGCUCACCCUUACCCUAUCCCGGAGGAUGAAGAGGUUGCACACAAGGUCGCUCCUGAUGCCCACAACUCUGCAGGAAACGAAGGCGAGAAACCGGUGUCAAAGUUGCAACGUAGGCACAGUGACGUAAAACUCUACAAAGAGUUUUGUGACUUUUAUGCAAGAUUCAACAUGGCGAACGCGCUUGCAAAUGCCAUCUGCGAGCGCUGCAGAGCUGGCUUUGCCCCUGCCGAGAAAAUUGUCAACAGCAACGGUGAGCUGUACCAUGAGCAGUGCUUCGUCUGUGCCCAGUGCUUUCAGCAGUUCCCCGAAGGGCUCUUCUACGAGUUUGAAGGGAGGAAGUACUGUGAACAUGAUUUCCAAAUGCUUUUUGCCCCUUGCUGCCAUCAAUGUGGUGAGUUCAUUAUUGGUCGUGUUAUUAAAGCUAUGAACAAUAGCUGGCAUCCAGAGUGCUUCUGCUGUGAUAUCUGCCAACAAGUAUUGGCCGAUAUUGGAUUUGUCAAGAAUGCCGGCAGACAUCUCUGCCGUCCUUGCCAUAACAGGGAAAAAGCCAGAGGCCUGGGAAAGUACAUUUGCCAGAAGUGUCAUGCCAUUAUCGACGAACAGCCUCUCAUAUUCAAAAAUGAUCCUUAUCACCCUGAUCAUUUCAACUGUGCAAACUGCGGGAAGGAACUUACUGCUGAUGCUCGUGAGUUGAAGGGAGAAUUAUACUGCUUACCCUGCCAUGACAAAAUGGGUGUCCCCAUCUGUGGGGCAUGUAGAAGACCAAUUGAAGGCCGUGUGGUGAAUGCUAUGGGCAAACAAUGGCAUGUGGAGCAUUUUGUUUGUGCAAAAUGUGAAAAGCCAUUCCUGGGUCAUCGUCAUUACGAGAGAAAAGGUUUGGCAUAUUGUGAAACCCACUACAAUCAGCUAUUCGGUGAUGUUUGUUUCCAUUGCAACCGUGUGAUUGAAGGAGACGUUGUGUCUGCUCUGAAUAAGGCAUGGUGCGUGAACUGUUUCGCUUGUUCGACUUGCAACACUAAGUUAACACUCAAGGAUAAGUUCGUUGAAAUUGAUCUAAAACCUGUCUGCAAACACUGUUAUGAGAAAAUGCCAGAUGAAUUUAAGCGACGACUUGCCAAACGGGAACGUGAAGCGAAGGAUAAAGAGAAGCAGAAAAAGAAAAAGCCAAUCUGUUUGUAAACUUUUUUUCCUUCUCACCACCACCUCUGCUCCUUUCUUCUUUGGAAUAAAUUUGUUGAGUUUGAUAUGAAGCCUGUCUGCAAAAAGUGUUACGAGAAGUUUCCUCUAGAGCUGAAGAAAAGACUGAAGAAACUAGCUGAAACUUUGGGAAGGAAGUAAAGACUUCAUCUGCUCUCCCCUUCCUUUGUGAAAAUCUUGUAUGUACUACUUGGCGGGGAGGGGCUGCUUUGAGGCUGCCAUCAGACAACAAAUGAUGAUGUAUGCCUCCUAUCAAACCGAAAUACCUUAAGAUUCUCUGUUCUCUAUACAUGUACACGUAUGCUUAUUUGUUGAUGAACAGACCGUACUUCCAAACUAAAUUAAAUACCAGCUCACCUGAAGGGUUUCUGAUCCUGAUAAUGCAGCGGAACCGAUGCAAGUGGCCCAUUCCGCACAGUAAUCUCUGCGGAAAUUUACAGAGGCGGAAAAUUUGCUCGUGAAUACCUGUGAAAACAAACUGUGCAAAUGUGUCCAACUUUGGGGGCGUGUAUUGUCAUUUAUAUUAAUGAAAGUAUUAACCUUCAAAUAAAGCAUGCACACAAAACUUGCCCGAGUCGAGUGACUUGGGCAAGAAACCCACGUACUUUGCCUCGUGGAAAAAUUCACGCUUGGAUUUCAGGCCAAGUCGUCUCAUAUACAGGAGCCUUGUUUCAGAUGGUUUGAAAAGUACCAGAUUUCUAAAUACAGUCACCGUACAAAUGACCUACUUCUGAUAGAUUAUGCUUACAUGGUGAAUCUUGGAACAUCAGGCUUAGCAUGAAAUACCUAUACAAAAUAUGUAUUCCUAUUGCAAGAAAUGAGCAUACUCAGAACUACUUGAAUUUUGCUAUAUUCCACUCAAAAUAACACAUUAACUUUUAUAUAUGCUUUUGCAUUCUAUUUACUUUUCGUGCCUUAUUCUGCUGGACCAUACAUAAUAGUGUUCCAUUAAAUAUACAUAUAGUUUUAUUUUUUAUUUUGUAUUUUUAUGCAGAAACUAUAUACAAGGUAUUUUCAAAUGAUAACAUACUUUGCCUUAAGGAUAUAUACAGGAUGCGAGAAGUAUUUUAUCUCAAAUGUGAACACCUGGGCUUAAAAUUUAGCUUCUAGGCUUCAUUAAUUUUCAGAACAAUACUGAAAAUGCGUGUUUCAAUUAACUGGUAAUAUUACUUUUACACCUAUGAGUGUAAAUAUACAAGGUUUGAUCCUGCUAGGAUCUGUUUCUUUAGCCAUCCUCAAGAACUGAGCUCACAAACCAUCAGAAUUUCUUAGAACAUACAUUUAAUUGUUUUAUACUAUUGACUUCUGUCCAUGCAAAUCUGUUUUAUUUUCCUCUUUCUUAUAGAAAACACAGUUACUUAGGACUUCUUGAUGGUACUACAUUAUGAAGUACGCAAACUUUUUUGUUUUUUAAUAUUAGUGACUUAAACAGAUUUUACGUUAUUACAUCAUAGGAAGUAAAAUUUUCCUUCCUGUUCAUGAAAAAUUAGUUGCUUUAAAACGUCUGCUUUCCAGUGUCAUCAAUAAAGGCUAUGUUAUUAAACC